AUGUCAAUUGAGUCUCUGCCUGAUGUGAUUCUUCAAUACAUAUUGUCGCAUAUCAGUAACGGACGUGAUGUGGCGUAUUGCAAUUGUGUUUCUAAGCGAUGGAAGAACUCGUUGGCUUAUAUCAGAUCUCUCUGUUUUACUCGCAACGCAUUUGAUAACCCUCCUCAUGAUGAAGAUUCUGACAUCAUUGUGAGAAGAAUGGUAUCAGCUGUUGAGCGAUUAGAGGAGCUAAUUGUUUUCUGCCCUUUCACCCCUUCCGGCCUUGCUUCAUGGCUAGCACUUGCAGGUCAGUCUCUUUCUUAUCUCGAGCUUCGAAUGGACAACCUUGGCGACAACGCGAUUGUUCAUGAGAGCCCGUCAAAAUUGGAUUGCAUUGGUGCAGCAAUGAAUUUGGAAAUUCUGAAACUGUGGGGUGUCUUGAUUGAACGAAUCCCUAAAUGGGAUGAGUUCCAUAAUCUUAAAAUCCUUGAAGUUGUUGGGGCGAGAUUGGAGGAUGCUGCAGUGAAUGCAGUAAUUCGGUCGUGUCCAAAUCUGACAAAGUUGUUACUGCUUGGGUGUGAAGGCGUCCAAUCAAUUUCAAUUGACCUGCCAUUUUUAGAGGACUGUAGGCUGGAUUUUUAUGGUCUUGGAAACUGUUCGCUUUCGCUCACUGCCCCUAAGAUUGAAUCUCUUGAGGUACAAGGCUGUAGCUGGAUUAGGGUCCCUGAAACCAAGCAUUUGAAAAAGCUUUCAAUUUCCAAUAGUGCAGGGAGAGUUUACAUGAUUGAUUUUGGAAAGCUUACAGCCCUGGAGACCCUGUCGAUGCGGGGCAUUCAGUGGUGCUGGGAUGCAAUAUGUAAGAUGCUGAGAUUGGCAAGUGAUGUGAAACAUCUUUUUAUGAAGGUGGAAUUCACUGGGGACUAUGAUGCUCUUCAACCCUUUCCAGAGAUUGAUUUUGUUGACUUUUUCAACAGCCAUCCCAAGCUGCUCAGGUUUGAUAUCCAUGGGGCCAUGUUUGCAGCACUAUGCCAGAAGAACAGUCUAAAACAUGUUGAUUCUGACUUUGUGAUUCCAUGUUUGGAGGAGGUCUUAAUCACUGUGAGAUCACCAUUGAAUGCUGAGCAGAAAAUGAGUACUCUUGAGUCCUUGUUGAGGUAUGGGAAAAAUUUAAGAACCAUGGUUAUCAAGAUUCUUCAGAUGAAGGGUUCACAUAACAGUGCUGAUGAUUUUUUUGACGAGAUUUGCCGGUUUCGACACAUGCACCGUGAGAUCAUUCGAAUAGAAUAA